UUCACUCCCUAGCCCACAAGCCAAAAAAUACCACCUACUCCUAAAGGCCAAGAUGACAGGGUUCGGCUCUCCCUGUGGAGCUUGCAAGUUCCUGAGGAGGAAGUGUGUCAGGGGAUGUAUCUUCGCUCCCUACUUCUGCCAUGAGCAAGGGGCCACACACUUUGCAGCCAUCCAUAAGGUCUUUGGGGCGAGCAAUGUCUCCAAGCUCCUCAUGCACCUCCCCGUAAACGAUCGGUCCGAGGCCGCCAUUACUAUAUCUUAUGAGGCCCAAGCAAGGCUCCAAGAUCCCAUCUAUGGCUGCGUUGCCCAUAUCUUUGCACUCCAACAACAAGUUGUCAAUCUUCAAGCACAGCUAGCCUCUCUCCAGGCCCAAGCAGGACAAGGCCUUGGCAAUGGCUCUUGUGCCACUCUCACCCCUCAAGAAGACAAGCUCCAUCAAAAAUCUCCACCUUGCCAACAAGAUGGGCAGGGUUUCUUUCAAUCUGGAGAUGGAAGGAUGCAAUCUUUUCUUCCAAAUACCUCUAUGAAUGCCGAGAGCAUGAACUACUACAACAGUGAACUUUCAGAAUCCAAUUCCAUUCAAUCCUCUCAGAUGUACAACCCCCAUUCUGGCUUGAGCGAUGAGAACAUGUCCUUUGGCAUUGAGGACGACCCUUCUUGUGCCAUGGCCACUCUUGGCAUGCAACCAAGCCCUUGGACUUCAGCAUAUCAUGACAUGGAGGACCUUCAAUCAGUGACCUUUGCUUAUCUUCAUGGCUCAUGAGAAUGUACAAC